AUGGAAUGGUCAAAGGCCAAGGAUGUUUUGCUGGCUAAAGAAGUCCUUUACCUUGAACCAUUUCGGUUCAAGGAAAGGACUGCUCAAAGUGUUCUGGCAUGGCAGGAUCUCGUCAACAACCUCAUGAAAAAUUACCCAGGGAAAUUCGAGAAGCUAACCUCAGGGGGUGCUAAGGACCAUAUAGCGCUCCUGAUUAAAAACCACAAGAAGAAGAAUGCAGAUGAGCUGAAGGCGAGUGGGAUUAGCCCAGAACAAUCAGAGCUGGAUACUAUACUUGAACAAAUAAUAGAGAGGAUGGAAGCAAAUGUUGCAGAGAUUGAGAAAGACAACGAAAAGAAGAAAAGGGAGGUGGCUAUGGCCAAAGACAUCAGGCUGAAGGCCAUGGAGGCCCUAAGCCAAACCAAAAAGAGAGAAAAUGAGGAUGGGAAUAUUAAGCCUGCAAAGCAGAUCAGGAGGAGGUCAAAUGGAUAA